AUGGUUCCGCUGUUGCUGUGCGGCGCACUGCGCCUCUCACUCUGCGGCGCUCCAAGGGUCACGCCGCGCAGCGAGCCGCAGCCUAUCGCUUCGCUGCUAGCAGCUUCAGCCAAGAACGCGGAAGUUUCCGAACUCCAGCGGAAACUGAAGCUGGCUGAUGAGGAGAUCGACCGUAUUAACAAGCGGUUCGAUGAGGCCCAAGGCAACGCGACCGAGGUCGAAGCCCUCAAGAGUGCCCUUGCCGAAGCCAAGGAGGAGGCGAGGGUAAGCAAAGCAGCCGCAGAGAAGGCGGCUACGGAUGUGGAGGCCGAAAAGGCCGCCCGCCGUAAGUAUGAGGCAAGGGUGACCGAAGUAGAGCAAUCGCUCGAGGACGCCGCCACCAGGUGUGAGUCCUUGGAGGAGAGUAACAAGGCCCAAGCGGCCAAACUCACCAAGGCUCUUCAAGCUGCGAAGGAGGCGCGGUCCGAGUCCCGGGCCGCUCGCGAGGAGAUCAAGCAAGCUGGAUAG